UGCUGGUGACGGGGGGUGGCAGGAGGGGAUCCGUCAUGGAUGCCAGCGCGCUGGAGUUGGAUGCGGUGAAGUUCGCGCAGUUGGCGGUGCAGCGGGACCAGAACGGGCGCUACCAGGAGGCCGUCUUCUAUUACAAGGAAGCCGCGCAAGCCUUGAUUUAUGCUGGCAUGGCAGGGUCAAGCUUGGAAAAUAUUCAAGAAAAAAUAAAUGAGUAUUUGGAGAGAGUUCAAGCUCUCCAUUCAGCAGUUCAGUCUCAGAACACAGACCCUCUGAAGUCAAAACAGCAGCUGGACUUGGAGCGUGCUCACUUCCUAGUUACACAGGCUUUUGAUGAAGAUGACAAAGGCAAUGCAGAAGAAGCUAUAGAGUUGUACACGGAAGCAGUGGAGCUCUGUUUGAAAACAGCUACAGAAACUUCAGAAGCAGGCCUGCAGGCAAAACUGAAACAACUGGCUCGGCAAGCACUAGAUAGAGCAGAAGCACUGAAAGUAUCGAUGUCAAAGUCAUCUCAGAAGGAGAAGUCAACUGCUGCUAAACCAAACCAGCCCGUCAGAACAUUCUUUCCACUGGGUCCUGAUUUUUCUUUGAAUGAUAAACCACAGACAAUCAGAGCAGUACAAGCUAGUGAGUCUCAAGGUCAGAGGUACACUGCAGAGGAGAUUGAAGUACUCAGAAAGACUUCAAAAAUUAAUGGCAUUGAAUAUGUCCCUUUCAUGAGUGUUGAUCUGAGAGAACGUUUUGCCUUCCCUAUGCCAUUUUCUGAUAAAUGUGGGAAGUUGCCAUUAUCCCCCAAACAGAAAGCAAUGUUUGCCAGGUGGGUACGGCCAGAUGACAUAACAAAUAACCCUACCAUGAUUUACACCGUAUCAAGUUUCAGCAUAAAGCAGACAAUAGUGUCAGAUUGUUCCUUUGUGGCAUCCCUUGCUAUCAGUGCUGCGUAUGAAAGAAGAUACAACAAAAAGUUGAUUACAAGUAUAAUUUACCCUCAGAAUAAGAAAGGAGAACCAGAGUAUAAUCCAUGUGGCAAAUACAUGGUGAAACUUCAUAUCAAUGGUGUACCUAGAAAGGUGAUCAUAGAUGACCAGUUACCUGUUGAUCAUAAUGGGGAACUUCUCUGCUCUUAUUCUAACAAUAAGAAUGAACUGUGGGUAUCGCUAAUAGAAAAAGCUUACAUGAAGGUCAUGGGAGGAUAUGAUUUUCCUGGAUCAAAUUCUAACAUCGAUCUCCAUGCGCUGACUGGUUGGAUACCUGAAAGAAUUGCUAUGCACUCUGACAAUCAGGCUUUUGAUAGAGACAGCACUUUCAGAAUGCUCUAUCAGAGGUUUCAUAAAGGAGAUGUCCUGAUCACAACAGCAACAGGCGUGAUGUCUGAAGAGGAAGGAGAAAAAUGGGGUUUAGUUCCAACCCAUGCCUAUGCAGUCUUGGAUAUAAGAGAACAUAAGGGGCUUAGAUUCCUCCAGCUGAAAAAUCCAUGGAGCCACUUACGUUGGAAGGGACGAUACAGUGAAAAUGACACAAGAAGUUGGACCCCAGAUCUACAAAAAUACUUGAACUUUGAUCCAAGAACAGCUCAGAAAAUAGACAAUGGGAUUUUCUGGAUUGCCUGGGAGGACUUGUGCCAGUACUACGAUGUUAUUUAUUUGAGUUGGAACCCUGGUCUUUUUAAAGAAUCUACAUGUAUUCACAGUACUUGGGAUGCAAAGCAAGGCCCAGUGAAGGAUGCUUACAGCCUGGCCAACAACCCGCAGUACAAGCUGGAGGUGCAGUGCCCACAGGGUGGAGCUGUGGUCUGGGUGCUGCUGAGCAGACACAUCACGGAUAAGGAUGACUUUGCACAUAACAGGGAAUUUAUUACUAUGGUCGUAUACAAGACUGAUGGCAAAAAAGUUUACUAUCCAGCUGAUCCUCUUCCAUAUAUUGAUGGCAUCCGGAUCAACAGUCCUCAUUAUCUGACCAAGAUAAAGCUGACCUCUCCAGGGACCCAUACAUUUACGUUAGUGGUGUCUCAGUAUGAGAAACAAAACACCAUCCAUUACACCAUCAGGGUGUAUUCCUUGUGCAAGUUUACCUUUUCCAAGAUUCCUACACCUUACACCACUUCCAAACGGGUUAAUGGACAGUGGAAAGGUCACAGUGCUGGAGGUUGUGGAAACUUCAGAGACAGCUACAAAAAUAACCCUAUCUAUCAAUUCCAGCUGGACAAGAGUGGGCCGUUACUAAUUGAGCUGCGUGGACCAAGGCAGUACAGUGUUGGGUUUGAAAUUGUCACUGUGUCAACAGUAGGAGAUCCUGGUUCCUAUGGCUUUCAGAAAAAGAGCAGCGGGGACUACAGGUGUGGAUUUUGCUACCUGGAAGUGGAGAACAUCCUUGCUGGAGUCUACAACAUUAUCCCCACCACAUUCCUGCCUCAACAAGAGGGUCCUUUUUUCUUGGAUUUUAAUAGCACUUCUCCUCUUAGGGUAUCGCAGCUUCAGUGAGGAGACAGACCCAGACAUAGCUGCUUAAGGACUAUUUUUGAACUGGCCUACAGGUGGAUAACUUACUGCAGAUAUGCAUAAAAUAGAAUUGCAUCCUAAGUUAUAGCCAAGAACACAGUCACCAAUUUGGCAGUUGAUUGUGACAGAAAAUUAGCUGUGGUUUUUGCUGCUAUAGUAUCGGUGUAAGCACUGUUCAGCAGGCUUGUGAACAAGCUAAAGUGUUACUUCCAGACAAACUGGAAGAAUGUAAGAAUGUAAUUUGUUGCAGUUUUUCUACAGUUCAAAUCAAAAUCUAGUGAGUUCAAAGAAAAACUACCACUGAAAUUCUCUUCUCCUGAAGUACAGGGUCCAUGGGUUGAAGAUUUUAUUCUGAAAUGUAGAAAUGUAAGAAAAAUAUUCUUGUGUAUUCUGCUUAUUCAUUCUCAGGCCCAAAUAUGUAGUAAAUGCCAUUUAUAUUGCUGCCUUGAAUGUUUACAGCAUUGAAGCACUUCUCACAUUUAAAUUUGAGUUCACUACUGCUGAGCACAUAUUCCAGCCUGCCACUAUCGUGUUCAGCUCAUCUCAAGUAUGUACAUAGGAGUAAAAGAUAAGGAAGACCCCAGCUUUAGCUACUUCUAAAAAAGCAAAGGAUUCACCCUUAUUACCUGUUAUUUUGAAUUACUUUAGUGCACAUCAUAGCACAAGGUAGAUAUGGCUUUCUUACUGCAAGCUGCCAGACCCUGCCUGCUGGGGAUCAGCAUUGAGAGGGGCAAGGUAACCAACAGCAGUGAGCAGAGCACGCCCUUCACAUGACAAAGGGGGAAAGGUUUUCAGCCAGAGGUGUGCUGUGAGAUUCUGUGCACCUACUGAAGCAGCCUCAUUUGCUGGUGCUGCUGGAGAGUGAACUACCCACCAUCAGCACAGUAGCAAGGAGAUGUUUUAUCCUUGUUACAAGUAUGUGGCUCACAGGAGAAGGAUCGUUUAAGCCUUCUCCCUUCCUGAGCUACAUCUGCUAGGCGGGGGCUUGCUGCUCCUAUUAUAGAAGAGCUCUCUUCCAGAAGGUAGCUUUUGCUUCUAAAUUGAAACUGAUUUAAAACAGUGUACAGUUGGCCAGUGGCAGCAGAAACAGGGUUAAAAUUCUUAAGCAAGCAGUGGAAUUGGGAUUACUCCAGGAAAAAAAAAAACGUAGAAGGCUACUGCCUGCAUUCUUCCUUUAGCCUAUCAGAUAUACACACAUACAAUAUGCAAAGAGGAUUAAAGGUAGCUGAAUUCUCCUUCUUAAAUCAAAUACUGAAUGAUCUUAAUUAUGUGGGUUGUUUUUUUCCUUGAAUGACAGACAGAACUGCAUGUGAUGGUUGUGGAAAAGGGUGCUGCUAAAGCUACCACAGGAAGCUCUUAGCCCUUCCACUUCGGCAAGUUUUGAAACAAAAAGGUGGUAUCUUCAGAACACAGGUGCCACUUGUUUGUUAGGAAACUGAGCAUGUGCUACAGGAGAACUAGAAAUACCUGGGGGUAAAAUUACUCCCUCAGAAGUGUCUUUGCCCUCCCGAGAAAGUCUGAGCUCCUUCUUACUUCAUCUCUAUGGUGAAGCAGCUGCUUAACAAACGUCUGGCUUUCAAAGGACAGUGAGUUCACCUGCCUUUUUGGACUGCAGUUCCUCAGAGACCAUCUGAGCCUUGUGCUGACCUGUCACUUGUGACUUACCUUCUUUUGCAGCAUAUCAACACGGAACAGCAUGGGCAUAAGCUGAGCAAAAACCCAUUGGGUUCUUUGUGGCUAUGCUGGGCUUCUGGGUGCAGCCAGUUGUGCCAAGGACUCUUCCUCCCUACAAAAUUUAAGCUUUGUUUGCUUACCCAGCUUGUUCCCUGUAAAAGCGUGCUAUUUGUUUAGCUCAGGUUAAACCAGAGCUGUGCUCCUGCGACAGCUAAACUUUCAAAAUUACAAAAGGCAGAGGCCAGAACUGCCAACCUUCAGACCUAAGCUGAAGACAUAGGUUAUGCUAUUCUUUCCCUCACCACACUGCUGUGAUUACACUGCAGCAUUUUUUAUCUCUAAUGACAGAAUAUUAGAUACUGAGUUAGGCUUGGAAAGGUUGUGCAGCAAGACUUCCAGAAAGGAGCAUGGGCUGUAGGGAGGGGAACUGAAAGAGCUGCACAGCCACAGCUUACGUUGUGGGUAGGUGGGCAAGGGUACAUUCCCACAUCACUUUCAGCUUGACAUUUAUGACCCUCUUCUCUGCUUUUUAAACAUGAAAAUACAGAACCUCAUUAAAUUCACCAACAAGCAUACUUCACUCUAUCAAUGUACAUUGUGUGACAACUGAAAACUGUCCAAGCUCCAAAACAAGGCAGCCAAAUACCAAUGAAAGCUGGUUGUUGUGAGGAUCUCUAAGAGGAUUUGCACUUUCUUUGAUUCACUGAGGGAAGAUUACAGUAAAUAGAUGAUUUUAAAUUCUCUGUCACUGGUGCUAAGGGACAAUUGGAGAACCCUCUUCAGAAGUUUUAACGUUUUCCAUGCUUAUACACUGAGAAGGCUUUUCAGUAUUUUGGUUUGGGGUUUUUGUUUUAAAUCUUACCUUAGAGCUCCAUCCAAGACCCUAUGUGCUGCUGUUGAUACCUCAGGGUGAGCCACCCCCCUUCCAGCACAGGCAUCUCUGUGAUUGUUGUGUUGGGAAUGCAUGGUCUGAUUCUGAAGGACUCAUCCCAUCAAUUUUCCAAGGCUUUCUGCAAUUCAGUACAUGGAUUAAUGGUAACAACACUUCCUAUCGCAUCUGCCUCAUGAGUCUGAGUUUCAGUCCUACUUUCCUGAUGCAAAUUUCACUGAACUGUUUUCUACAGUAAUUACACAGUUGACCAUGUGAGCUAUGAGUUGUUGGAACAACCAGCUGCUUAGAAUUAAAUCUAUGUACAGAACCAUAGAAGUUUUCAUCACUUAGUCAAACAAGAACAUAUUAAAUCGUGUGAUAAUGCCAAAGAGUAAAAGAAUUCCUACAUUAACUUGCUUUAUACAUUCUUACUGCUCAUAAGUACUACGAUACACCAGAAGCUUAUUUUUAUACCCAUGAGGGCAGCUACUGUCACGUUACAUAUCAGGAUACGUAAAGAUUCCAACAGAAAAGUAACUGGAAGAAGCUUGUCAAUUUGCCUGUGCUCCCCCGUGAUGUCUGUUCAUUUAAGUCUGUCAUAUUUAUAAUUACAGCUUUUACAGAGUUUAAAAUAAAAUGAGUUUUCCAUGAGUUUAA